UUGAAUUCAUUGGUUUAAUUCUCUCCCCAGACUCGGCCAUCACAGUGCUGUUCAGCAGAGGCCACGGGCGGCGCAGGGGUGUAGGACAUCUGAAGACAUGACGUCUGUCCCAGAGCACCUUCCCCUCGGGGACUGUUCCCGCUCGUAUUCCUGCGAGCAGCUGACGCCACGCUCCGAGAACACGAUUUUCAGCCUGUCCCACAAAGAGAUCCGCUGGAACCCUCAGCCCCCUCCAGGCAACUGCGAGUACUACUGGCAGGCGAUCCUCCUCAUGACCGCCGGGGGCAGCGUGCUGCUCUGUGGGAUGGUGCUGAGUGGACUUUACUUCGCUGGGGUUUCCACCAAGGCCACCAAUAUUUUAGGCCCCGCCCUGCUGUCUAUUGGACUGAUGGUGCUGGUGGUGGGUGUGGUUUUGAUGCCCAUCACACAGGAAAUGAGGCAUCAGAGUGCGACCAAACGCCUCUGCAGUUACUACAAGCCUCAGAUAAACCUAUGAGAAGAACGUAAGGCAAGACCAGGCGUGUCCACUCGGUCCUGUAGCGCCACUGUCCUGCAGAGUUUAGCUAGCGAAAUCAUCCCCUAUACCCUCAUUCACUAUACCCUACAUUAGUCCACUAAUAUUGAAGGAGUUAAUUAAAGCGAGUAAGUGAAUUUGGACACUGAGUGCACCAGAAGGGCUGUGGUUUUUGCAUAGUUUGUGCUGGUCCACAGUGGACCAGCGGUUUAGAAAAUGGACCAUCUUCUGGUCAGAUGCAGGAAUUAAUUCAGCCUGCGACUCUUGCGGUACAUUAUGUGUAUUCUCUAUCCGUUGAGUGUUCAUCAGUUGUGCACUCGUUAUUGCGGUGCACUGUGGGAUUGAAUGAGUGCACUUGAUAUCGUCCACUAUGGUUUUAGACACCCCUACAAAUGGUUGUUCCCUCAAAAAGUGCCCUAUUUAAGGGAAUAGAGGGCGAUUUCGGACACAGUCCUAGUAUGCCUAGCAAGACCUUGAUUAGCUGGUUCAGGUUUGUUUAAUUGGGGUUGGAGCUGAACUCUACAGGACUGUGACCUUCCAGGAGCAGGACUGGACACCCCUGGGCAAGACCUUUUUUUUUUUUUGGCACUGUUCGAUUUUGCUUCCAUUACUUUUCUUCUUUCAGACCAGGGUCAUUAUUGUUAACUAAAACUUGGCAUACAUUUUUUUUUUUAAUCUUGAAUGUAGCUUUAUCCGAUGUUUAGAUUUCUGUUCUGGAAAUUGAUGUAAAUUAAUGCAUAUAUAAUACUGUUGUACCUCAUUUGCACAUUUAAACAUGCCAUUUCAGAAAACUAAUGCAAAACAUUGACUUGAUGUACAAUGAUUAAUCAAGUGGGGAAAGUAUGGUGAUAUCUAUUUAAAUUGUUUACCCCAUUCACCUGUAGUGUCUUGUGGCUGUAAAGGGAGUUCCGCUUCCUUGGCAAAUGUACUGAAACUUUGCAUACAUGUGCAUUAACUAAGCCAAUGUGAAAUAUACAGGUUUCAGGCCUGAUUUGUUCAAUGAAAUUUCUGUCAGAGUUCACUGGUGUUAUUGAAACCUCAGCCUCACCCACGGACUGUUGGAUGAACAUCUGAUGCGUAUGGCACACAAAAUGGGAAACACUUCAGGAGUUUUUGUUGUCAUCUGAUUGGUUGAAUUCUCCUGGAUUUCUGGGAGAUGUGUGUGUUGCAUUCUAUAACAAUCCUCCUGGAAACAAAGACGUUGUGACACCAAACCCUCUUGGAAGAAGAAAGCCAUCAUGUUUACAACUGUGACAAUUAAGUGCUUAUCAGUAUCAACUGAACGCUGGAUUUUUAAAACUAUGUGAAGUUCACACCACCAUUGUUAAAGUAAACUUGUUUAAUGUUCUUGAAUGAACUGCAUGCUGUUCUGUCAUUGUGGGGACAUUGACUUUUCAUUGUCACACCCCUAAACAUGACGCUGAACGAAACCAGCUGUGAUAGGUUGCUUUAUGUGUCAGUCAGACAGCCUCCUGGUGGUCCUUGGCCAAUGAAAAAGCUGCUAAGGAGUCUGGCUUUGUGAGACUAUUGAAACAUAGGCUUGGCAAACAAAUUUAUAAUUCUUAUACAUUAUUUUAAUUCCACAUGAGCUGUGAACUUGCAUGCCUUGAAAAUAGCUUGUUGAUGCAUUACUAAGAAAGCACUUUAAUAAGGACUUUUGGAUUAUUCAGCUGUUUGGAGGGUGUUUGCUGUUGUCUGUUUGAUGUGAUUAACACUUUGAGUCCUUAAAAUCCCAAAACUGACCACACAAAGCCAUAUCUACAAUACAGUUCAAUGAUUAGUGGUGUUUUCUAAGAUAGGAAUCGAAGUCAACAUUGCUCAUAGUUUAGGAAUUUGAACAGGAAGUAUAGGAAGUAUUAAACAAACUGUUUUGGAUGACUAAAUAGGCAAAACAUCUCAUAGACUCAAUACUUGCCUGCUUUGUAACUUUAUACGCAAAUUUACACUGGGGUUA